GUUCCAUUAGCUUUCGAUCUCGCACGUUGAAGCCUCCACUCGUAUGUACAGCUGUGGUUACACCCACUUUCCACAUUUCAACCCCACCUGCCCCUCCAAGUUCCAACCCCACCUUCGCCCGUACAGUGACAGCGAGAACAAUGACCACGCCUACCCCAUCCGACUCCGACCCGGACAUCCACAUCACUCUGACCGAAGAUGUGCUGGACCUGACGGCGACGGCAGCGCUCGUGCGGUCGCCCAAAGCCGGUGCGAUCGUGCUAUUCGUUGGCACGACACGCGACACCUUCGACGGGCAGCCCGUCAAGACGCUAUCCUACAGCACGUACUACGCCAAAGCGCAGCGGACGAUGGCGUUGAUCGCGCACGGCAUUAAGGCGCGGUUCGGACUCACGGGGAUCGCGAUUACGCACAGGCUGGGCGAGGUGGGGGUCGGCGAGGAUAGCGUGCACAUUGCCGUAGCUAGUCCGCAUAGACAGGCGGCGUUUGAUGCGGGCCGCGAGGCAUUGGAGGAGAUUAAGAAGAAGGCGGAGAUCUGGAAGCUUGAGGUCUUUCAGGAGGGCGGCGGCGUGUGGAGGAGCAAUAGGGACGGCGAGAAGGGCGUCAGGGUCGAUGAUGCACAGGUCGAGAAUGUGAUCGAGGCUGAGAGGGAUAGUAAUUUGCCGGUUGUGUGAGGGGAAUUAAAACCGCGUGCUCCCAUGCGGAAUCGGAGCUUCGGCACGCCGUUCUUUUUUACACAUGUAUUUUGUUCCGCGAACUUGCAGGGGCAGCGGGGGUUGCGAGCCGGAUCGCCGCUAAUGGCGGGGCAUUAAAGUUGCACAUCCCGACGCGCCUCGCA